AUGGAGAAACGCGCUGACAAGCCCACACACACCGACCCUAUAAUCUCGAUUUUGGGUAGCGAUUUGGGUCCUUGGCAGCUUAUUAUCUGCUUAUGGAUUUUUCUCUCGAAAUUUCCCACUGGCUGGGUACAAAUCUCAAUGGUGUUCCUACAGUCGCCAAUUCAAGCUACCUGCGUUGAUCCUGUUAGCAAUAUCAGUAUUUGCUCCGGGCACUGCCAUGCUUUCGUCUAUGAGCAUAUCAACUUUGAAGAGAAUAUAAUCACUGAAUGGAAUUUGACCUGCGAUCGUGAGUGGCUAUCCAGUUUGGCACAGAGCUUUGUUAUGAUUGGCAUAAUGCUGGGCAAUAUUAUAUUCGGACUCUUCGCAGAUAAAUGGGGUCGUCGUCCCAUGUUUGUGAGUGCCUGCGUUAUGCAACUCAUUUUUGGUUGUCUUGUUUCUGCGGCGCCAUGGUUUUGGCUUUUUGUGGUGUUUCGCUUUUUGGAUGGUUUCGCCACAGGCGCUACCAUGUCCACAGGCUUCACGAUUAUCAUGGAGAUUGUGGGCAAAAGCAAACGUGAAAUAAUGGCCAUACUCUAUCAAAUACCCUUCAAUUUGGGUCAUGCCACUUUACCGUUAUUCGCCUACUAUCUGCGCCACUGGCGUUGGUAUCAUCUUGCCUUCUCAUCAUUCUCGGUAUUAUACCUGCUAUUUUAUUGGACCGUGCCAGAGUCACCACGCUGGCUCUUCACCACCGGUCGCACUGACCGCGCCGUCAAAAUACUUGAAGCCGGUUGCAAGCGCAAUAACAUGCCUACCGACAACAUACGCACCGAACUCGAACAGGCCGCACAAAUUACAGCCGCCACAACGACAUCGAAGAAGGGCAACAUCAUUGAUCUUUUCCGUCAUCCGUAUCUGUGUCAGAAAACCUUGGCGAUGGCCUUUAAUUGGCUAGUAGUCUGUCUCGUUUACUAUGGCGUCUCACAGCAUAUAUCACACCUAAGCGGUAAUAUCUUUAUGAAUGUCGCGAUAGGCGCUACGCUGGGUGUGCCGGGCACACUCAUAUGCGUGCCGAUGACCAAAUAUCUCGGACGUCGCAUAACGCUCUUCCUCUCAAACUCGCUCAGCGGCAUUGCUUUGAUGAUUUUGGCUUUCGCGCCAUCGCUGAACAGCACCAUGACUGUGGCGAUGGCUACAAUUGGUCUCUUUGGCGCAUCGGUAACUUUUCCGAAUGUUUAUCUUUACGGCGGUGAGCUGUUUCCGACAGUGGUGCGUAAUUCGGGUGUCGGCUUGUGUUCGUUUGUUGGUCGCGUUGGCUCAAUUAUUGCACCAUUCAUAUCAGGCAUGUCGACUCGUGGUCUGUGGAUACCACCGGCCGUGUUUGGCGGCUUCUCACUGGCAGCAGCUGCUUCGGUCUUUCUGAUGCCGGAGACACGAGGUUUUCCCUUGCCCGAGACUAUCGAGGACGGCGAGACGUUCGGCAAAAAUCAAAAGAGGUCAAAAUUGUGAAUAGAGCCCUAGUAAACCCUAGUAAAUAUAUGUUAUUCAAGCAUUAUGUUGAGACAUUUUAUUGACUGUUAUAAAUUGCCAUUGCAUACGACUAUGUACGUGUAUUUACGUUCGUAUGUGCAAUUAUUUCUAUGCAGGGAAAUGUGAACUUUACAAUAUUAUAGCUGAUUAUAGUAAUAAUUAUUGUAAAUAAAUAAAAAUUAUUAUUUUUAAUGUA